GAGAGGAAAAAACGGCUCUCGUCAAAGCAACAAGAAGGAAGAGAAAUGGCGACACUGGAUCGCCAAAUACCAAGUCCGGAUACCUUCCUUUGCGAGCCUUGGUCUUCCUUCGUCAGUGCGGCUAAAUUACGUUUUGUUGACAACGUGUCCUUGGAUAACAGUGACAAAGAGCUUUACUGCCUCGGUAAAGCCGUGAGGCUCAGCAGAGAAGAAAUGCUUGUCUCCAGCCAGUUUCCAGCACUGGAGGAUUUUUGUCUUGUUGUCUGCCAUGUCUGCGAUCAGGUGGUCACUCCUCAGGGCAUCCUCACACACUACGAGAAGCGCCACAGCUCCCCAGCCUCCACCAGGAGCCCCAUGGUCCCUAUGAAGCCCAAAGUACCUGCAGUGGUCCCCGCCGUGGCUCCAAGUCCUGGGGACACGCUGGCCUUCAGGGUCCCUAAAGAUUACCCUCACUCGCGCUUCAGCAAGGCACCUCUUGCUGUCUACCCACCAAAGGGGGCACGGAACAAGACAUGUGUAUCCCUUCCAGUCGUAAGCCUGGAGAAGAUACCCUGCCUCGGCCGUGCCGACUCUGCAUCACAUGUGCGCCUCACUACCUCCUCUCCCUCCUCCCUGAAACCUGUGUCCCUCACUCCCCGGGCCUCCCAGCGGUCCGGCGAGAAGCUCGUAAACGGUCGCGGCACCGGCGGGCCGUCCACACGGCGAUCCACCACUUCUCCAUCCUCUCUGGACGGGCGGCCCGGUCCGGCACGCUCUCCGCUGGACAGACGGCUGACAUCUACACCUUCUCCUUCCCCGCUGGACCGUAAACCCUCCCCGUCACCUUCACCUUCUCACCGAUCUGGCGCUCCGCCGCCGUCGUCUCCAUUAGAGAAGAAGCCCCAAAACAGGACUAAGACACCCUCCAGGUCGCAGAAAAGACUCUCAGGGAGAGUGUUUGAUCCUAACAAGCACUGUGGAGUCCAGGACCCCGAGACGAAGCGACCCUGCACGCGCUCUCUCACCUGCAAGACUCACUCCUUAACCCACCGAAGAGCCGUCUCCGGCCGAAGAAGACAUUUCGACAUCCUCCUGGCCGAACACAAGGGGCGGGCGAAGGUGAACGAGGGAGCAAAGGAGAAAGACACGGACAGAUUGCAGGCAGGGAAGGAAGGCGGCAGCCAGAGUAUCGCAUCACAAGAAACCGCAUGUCCCAGCAAGCCUUACUGCCCAAACGGACGACCUCUGUCCACACUGAAGCUACGGCUGGCAAACGCACACAUACCCAGGGUUCCCGGCUCCACCACCUCCAGUUCUCUGCCCUCAGCACCAGCCCCGAACCCAGAGCCGUCUCCCCACAGUUUGGUGGCAGCAGCAGCAGACGGCGGUCGACUUUCGAGUGACGAGUGCGACGCAGAGACACCAGAGGACACCGACAGACCUGCCUUACACUACUCCAAUCGCCACCCACAGCCUUUAGGGUUUUGCGUAUUCAGCAGCAGGCUCAUGGGACGGGGCCACUACGUGUUCGACAGGCGAUGGGACAGGAUGAGGCUGGCGCUCCAGAACACGGUGGAGAAACACCUCAACGCACAUGUGUGGAGGAAGGUGCCUCUGGCUGCGAGCCUCCUCUCCCUCUCCUCCUCUUGUUCCUCCCCCGUCACUUCACAGCAGACUCCCUCUCCCACCUCCGUCCCUUUUCCUCUCCUCUCGUCCCCCUCCAACUCUCUCUCCUACACCGUUCCAUUUCCUCAGUCUGCGUCCACGGCAGGAGUGUUCAGCCCUCGAGACGCUGCGCAGCCCGUCGCCCCGGUUCCCGCACAGGGCAAAGCCCGUAACGGCUCGCAUAAAGCUGACCGCACAUCCAAAGACAUGGAGGACUCUGUAGUGGGAUCUAAGAGGAGAAAAAACUCCUCAUCCUUUUCUCCUUCUUCCUUGUUUCCGACUGUGGAUAAUCUUAGGAGGAACGGCAGCAGUCAUCAUCCAACGUUGCAAGGUUCACGGGGGGCCGCAGUGACCGUAGCAAACCCAGCCAUGAAAAAGGGACUUGGGCGUGGGGGAAGUGGGCUUUGGAGCAGCGGUGAGGACUGGCCAUCCAGAGCCUAUGGCUCUCAAAGCCACAACUCGCAGAACAGUCGUGAACUUGGCCUGAACAAUAUACCCUACUCACCCAGCAGGGAGCCUGCCUCUGCUCCCCACCAGCCCCUGGCUUCCCCCUCGGGACCCUUGGCUUACGGGGGAGGAGCAGAGGGCAGAAAGAGGAGGAGUCCCAGCUCUUACAGAGGGAAGGCCAGCAAGCUGAGCAGGCCGGGCGGGUUGGAGAGUCUCUUUGGGAAUGGGAGUGACAGCGUGGGAAUACUGGCUUCGGGGCCCGAGUCCCCGAGACAGGCCAAGUUGCAUCACUGACAUGGACAGAAUGUUGGGCAGCUGUGCAGACCACCACCGUUUGUGACCUUUGACCUCACCACUCUUCCACUGACAGAACCAAUCAGACUGCUUCAUCUCGCCAAUGUAACCCCUAUUCAUCCAAUGACGGUUCAGUUCACCCGCUGUGACAUUGGGCUGUGAACCUGGAGUCUUUGCCCGCAGUUCGCACUCUCCACCCUCUAAUUAUGGAUCGCUCUGACGGAAAACUCACUUUUCAGAACAGUGGAAUCCAAAAACUCAUCCUCUUAAAAGGGAAUUUGCCUCACAAAGUUGUGUUAAUAAUACCAGCACUGUACAAUGUUCUGGUUGUUCUGACCAUUUUACUGGUUGCUGUGUCCAGUCAGCUGAUAAGGAAAGAAGUCUGUGAUUGUUUCUUUUGGAGUUUGAUGGUUGAAGGACCUACUGACUGGACUACUGUAGGACUCAGACGUCAUCUAUGCCACCUCGACUGCCCCCCUCCUCCACCCAUUUUUCUGUCAUUCUCUUGAUUUUGUCUUUUCCUCUCCCUCAAAGAAGCAGAGACGACAGCACUUUUAGUUUGGUUUUAUCCAGCUCUCUCUUCUCUUUCCACCUCUAUUUCUUCAUUUCUCUCCUUUUCUUUCUUAACUACUUGUUAUAUCAAACAUCGCUGCAAUUCUUUUUUUUAUAUCCCCCUCUCUCCCUCCCCUAUCCAUCCCCAGCAUGCCUGUGUUCAAAGUGCACUUACUGCCCUCGCUUCCCUCUCCACUGACUACAGAGCAGUCUCCAGCAGUGCCACACCAAGGACCUGUUCACACAAGAGAAGAAAAACAAACUGUCUGUGUUACCAACGCUGCCGCGUCAAUGCAUUGUUUCCAUAUAGGAAGAAAUCAGAUUUUAUUUGAAGAUUGUUUGUAUUUUCUUAGUUUUUUACGUUGCAAGAAACACAAACUCCUGUCUGUGUGUCAGGACUUGCAUCCAAAAAAGGAACGAUUACUACGGUGUUGGAUCUUUGUUUUGUAGAAUAAUUUUUCGUUCUUAAGUUGUGUUUGUUUUCUAACUGAACCUCGAGGUUUGAGUUACUGAGACCUUUUGAGCAAAACAUCAUUUUUAUGGCAUUUUGAAGAAAUGUUGAAAGUAUUAAGAUAGUUCAUAUUGUUAAAAAUGUGUACAUAUCUGUUUAUUACUUUUUUAUUUAUUAAUAAUUGUCCCCUUUUUACUAAAUAUGAGCUACACAGAGUAUUUUUACCCUCCUACCAAGCUCUGUGUUUAAUGAUAUUGAUGAGAUUGGCCUGGUUUCUCAAAAUCUUCAAGAAUUUGUUCAUUAGCAAGUUUUAAAAUUAAUAAUAAUUAAUACUCAAAUACAGCCAAAUAUGAACUUUGACUGUUUGCUGUGUGUCUCCUUUACAUUUCGCUGUCCAGCCAGAUAACAACAAUUUGUGGUCAAUUCUUAAAAAUGAAUUUAUUCGGCAUGUGCUAAAAACUGAGUCUAGUUAGAUAAUAUCUUAUUAUAUUGUCUGACAAAACAAUAUGUUGACUCCAGGUACACUCGCGUAGAAUGUGAGAUGUGGUUGAAAGCUCAGAAGGAAGCUGUGUCCCACUUCCAUCAGAGUUACUAAUUGUAUACAGUAUCUACAUUAUUAGAAUCAGAAUAAUUAUUAAAUGUAUUUAUGGAGCACUUUUCAUACAAGAGAUGUGAAUCAAAGUGCUUUACAAUUAAAUAUGAAAAUGCAACACAUUUAAACAAGGGUAAAUAGGCAAUACAAUGAGACAAUAAAAAGACCGUAGAUGAUGAAGAGUGAAAGUGGAAAGAAGAACACAAUUUGGUGGAAUUGGCAAGUAUACUGUAAAACGUGCACUGCAAAAAUAGUACAAUAUAUUUUGCACCGACAGCCAAAUUGCAACUUUGUGAAGUUUAUUUGGCUUUCCUAAGACGAGACAAAAGAAAUUCUUCUAAGAUUUAAUAGUGUUUUUGUUGAGCUGUCUCGACACUACCUGGAGUAAAGAGCGGCUCCUCCAUUUCCGUGUCCAUAAACAGCAUUUUCAAAAAAGAGUUUUAUUUUAUAUAUUUUUAGUAUGCCUGCUGACUUUUUAAUAGUCGACUCAAUUUUCUCACAUUUCCUGUGUGAACACUCAAAACCUGCAUAGAAAAAGUAUGUAGCUUCAAGUUGUGACACAGCCAAUGCCUUCAUCAGCAGAGGGCUUUUGCUCAAUUGCUCUUAACAUUUCCAAUAGUAUCUGUAUCUGACAUGAUAAUGAACAAAGGUUGACUUUGUGACACCAGGCCUUGGUUAGGACUUUCAUAGCCUUUAGCGCCUUGAGAUUACUUUUAGCUUUGAAAGGCGCUUUACAAAUACAAUUUAUUAUUAUUAUUAUUAUUAUUAUUAUUAUUCAUAUAAAGGGCCCCACGUUCAUGUUUGCCUGUGGUUCAACCCUUUUCCCACACUUCUUCAGACAAAACUAUAGCUAUAUUUUGAAACUGUCUUUAUCUUCCAGGAGCGUUUGGUCUGCGAUCAUGUUCGGUUGUUGCGUAUGUAAAAAUCAAAGCCAGUUCAAAAAUGCUUUCACUUACUUCUCGCCUGCAACCAUGUAAGCUUGUUACCGUUUCUGCACUGGAAAUGCAGCGAAGCGUUUACUGUGAGCCUUUAAUGCAUUUUUAAUGUAUGCUAGAUGCACAUGUACAGGUGUUCAAAACAAGUGCUUCUAUAUUCUACAGCAGCUCACUAUAUGUCCAAGGUGGCAAAAACAUGGUUACAUUUUGACUGAGGAUGUCACAUUGUAGAGGUGCAAGAGAAAUUCCUGAAAUGUGAGGUGAUUUCCUUUUCCUUGGUAUUAUGGAUGCCAUACAUGUGUAGAAAGAGCAAACGGUAAUGUCCUUUUUAAAAUGUCUAUAAAGUACCGUCUUCACCCGGUGUUGCUGAUGAAGCCAAAGUAUCUGAGAGCAUUUAAAUGUGCUUGAUAGUGUUUAUUAUUACUGUACACACACAUGGUUUAUCCGGGUGCAUGGUUAACUGGUUAAAGGGAUAGUUCGGAGUGGGACUGUGAUGCGGUACUUAUCUAUAGUCGGUGUAUAGAUGGAGGUCGAAACACCAACAGUUUUGAGAAACGGACAGAAGUUCGGGCACAGGAGCAAAGCGGAUUUUACUCACCUAUAAUGAAUCCAUAUCAGUUUAAAUGUACGCUAUAUUUAGAAUAUUUUCCCUGCUUUACCUUGGUGUCAUACAGCUGCUUCCGACAGGUAACUGAAGCCAUUAUCUAUGCUCUCUUCAAAGCACCGAAAUCCUUUGACAAAAAGAGUCAUUUCAUUGCGCAGAGCGCCGAUGUAGCUGGUCUACCGCUGCCUCCAUCGGUUAGUUAGUGUUAUAUUGUGACUUUGGUGUUUUUAAAAGGGUUAAUUCAGAUUCACCGAAGACACACAAUUACACAAACUAACUAACUAUUAAGGCAGCGGUAGAACAGUAACUUCUGUGUUCUGCCAGGAUAAAAUGACUGUUUUUGUCAAAGGAGUCUGGUGGCUUUGGACAGAGCAUAGAGAACGGCUUCAGUUCCCCCGUCAGAAUGGUCUGUCUGAAUAAUAUACAGCGUGCACUUGACCUGAUAUUCCUUUUUCAGGCAGGCCUUUCUUUUAGGUGGCUUAAAUGUGUUGUGCUGCUGCCCCCGUCCACAGCAGUACAUUGCUUACCUCCCGUGCCCGUACUCCGGUGUUUUUCUGCUAAGUAGAAACUGUAGGUGACACACUGGCUGGAUAAGUACCACAUACGCCCCACUUCAAAAACAUCCAAACUAUGCCUUCAACAUGGCUGCAAUUACAGUAUACAUGUUCUCUGUUUAACCCAACAUACCAACUGAUGUACUAGUGUAUAGAUGGUUUGUGUUGGUUUAAUGGCUGAACAACAUGGUUUAGGUGUAUCUUCUCACUUGUAUCUACAGAUGAAAGACGUGUUCUUAGUGCUGGGAUGUUUUUGGGACUUUCCUCCUUGACUUACUGUUUAUAGUAAGAGAAAUGGGAAGUUACAGUCACUGUUGCAGCUACAAUUAAGACAAAGUUCAUGGAAUUCAGAGCAGUUGUUUAUUCUCUUUGUUGAUGAAUUUUAUGGAGGUAUUAACAGUUUGUUAAAGCCUCCCCCUUCCUUUUUUUGCACUUUGUCAUAAUUCCCAGAUCUUUAAUGAAUUUCUAUUUAUAUAAAUGUUUGAGCUAUUGAAAGCAAAUCUAAAUAUAUAUAUUUGUAAAAGUGUUUUUGGCAACUGCAGUAAAAGAAGAUGAGUAUAUUCUCGGGGUGUCGAAUGUCUGAAAAAUGCCUUGUAAGAGUCGCGGUGUAUUCACUCUCACUGCAGUUGGAUCAGAAAAUGGAUUUCCAAACAUACAACUGAACACAUGCUGUAUAGAAAACGGUCUUAUAUCCAAGCUUUUAUUAAAUGAUUGAACGUG